GAUCUGUAUUCGUGACUGUGUUGAAAGGAGUUUUUGCCUGAAGCAACACGUCUGUUAUACUCAUUUAUACCUUGUGUAAGGGGAAGAGCCUCCGCUUUCAAAGCCUUAAAGAAAUUAGUCACACAAAAUCCAUCAUUCUCCUGUUUGUCAUUUAUACGCUGGCAAACUACUUUUUGGCAUACAUCUAGAGGUCCCCCUUGUGGCUAAAAUACUUUGCAGUCUGUCAAUUAGACAGCCUCUUACAAAACUGCAUCAGGCAGUCCCUAGCCAGACAAUCGAGAAACUCACGGACCUCUGCCAGUCUUCCCAGUAGACCAUUUCUCCCUCAGCAGUAUGGCAGACUCUCUGUGCAGGCUGUGCCAUCUCCCUCCAAAGACUACUUCACAAACAGUUGAGGAGCGUGGCAAGUGGGGUAGCAAAAAGGAGUUCAUACUGUCUGUGGCUGGUGCUAUUAUUGGACUUGGAAAUGUGUGGAGAUUUCCAUAUCUCUGCUACAAGAAUGGUGGUGGUGCAUUCUUCAUUCCUUACAUCCUGUUCCUGGUGACCUGUGGCAUUCCUCUGUUUGUACUGGAGACAGCACUGGGCCAGUACACCAGUCAGGGAGGAAUCAUGUGCUGGAGGAAGGUCUGCCCCUUGUUUGAAGGCAUGGGAUACGCCAGUCAAAUUAUUAUUUUCUAUGGAAGUAUCAGCUACAUUGUGAUUUUAGCCUGGGCUUUCCUCUACCUGUUCUCUUCCUUCUCUGGUGAGCUACCAUGGGCCACCUGUAAUAACACAUGGAAUACAGAUUCUUGUGUAGUACUGAACAACUACAAUGCCACUGCUAACUGGACCUCGCCUAUAAACGCCUCAUCGUCCGUAAUAGAGUUUUGGCAACGACGGGUGCUGAAUAUAUCCACUGGCAUUGAGGUCUUGGGAAGCAUACAGUGGGAACUUUCUUUGUGUCUUCUUCUGGCCUGGAUCAUCUGCUACUUCUGCGUCUGGAAGGGAGUGAGAUCCUCGGGAAAGGCUACCUACUUCACAGCCACGUUCCCCUUCAUCAUGUUGAUGGUGCUGUUUCUCAGAGGAAUGACCCUUCCUGGAGCCCUCCAUGGUAUCAAGUACUACCUGAAACCCAAUCCUGCACGGCUCGCUGACCCGCAGGUCUGGAUGGAUGCUGGAACCCAAAUAUUUUAUUCUUAUGCCAUAUGUUUGGGGUGCCUGACUACACUUGGAAGCUACAACAAGUACAACAACAACUGUUACAGAGACUCCUUCUAUCUUUGCUUGUUGAACAGCGGGACCAGCUUCAUAUCCGGCUUUGCCAUUUUCUCAGUUCUGGGCUACAUGUCACAGAAACAAGGUGUCGACAUUCGUUCAGUUGCUGAGUCAGGCCCUGGUCUUGUGUUCAUAGUCUACCCACAAGCUGUGACCCUCCUGCCGUGGCCUCAGGUCUGGUCCGUGUGCUUCUUCGCCAUGAUCAUCUUGUUAGGAAUAGACGGUCAGUUUGCUGGGCUUGAAAGCAUCAUGACCUCUCUAACGGAUGUCUACCCUUCCCAGAUCCGAAAAGGAUAUCGCAGAGAGCUCCUCCUGCUGCUGAUCUGUGCAGUUUGCUAUGUGUUUGGCCAGUUAUUGGUGUCACAGGUGCUGAACGCUUCAGUGACAACAUCGAGGACAUGAUUGGGUAUAAACCUCUGUCACUGAUCAAAUACAGCUGGAUGUAUGGCACCC